AUCUUUCUCCUAAAAAUCUAGCACCAUGGAAAACCACUCACACAGAAUAUACCUAUGCGUCACCCCGUACUAUAGUCUCUAUAGUCGCCGGAAUAGCCAAAAAUGCCGUUUUAUAAUAAAACCCGCCAAACGACAAAAAGCAUGAAGACACCACUAAAACCAACCUCCCCUUUCCCAUCUCCACUUAAAUAAUAUCCCAAACCAACACUCACCUCCAUCUCCACCACCACCUACCGCCCGAGAUGGCGGCGGCGAUGCUCUCUUCUUCCCUCUUCCCAACCACACAUCUCAACAAACCACUCACCUCCCAGUUCCGUCCUCUUUCAUUUCGUCCAUCGUUUUCCAGGAUUCGUGCUUCUCUAUUGCAAGAUAAAGAGGAUAAAGUUAUUCUACAAGACUCUUUUCCUUCUAAAACAGCCUCUCCUUUUGAUUCAGCUACUGGUAGUAACGCAAGUGAUGAUAGUGUUUCAUCUCCUAGUGCGUGGGAAAAAGGGGUUAUCAAGGUUGAACAAUCAGUCAAUAUCUUUCUCACGGACUCUGUUAUUAAGAUACUUGAUGCUCUCUACCAUGAUAGGAAUUAUGCAAGGUUUUUUGUGCUUGAAACUAUUGCCAGGGUUCCUUAUUUCGCCUUUAUGUCAAUUCUUCAUAUGUAUGAGAGUUUUGGCUGGUGGAGACGGGCGGAUUAUCUGAAAGUGCAUUUUGCCGAGAGUUGGAAUGAAAUGCAUCAUUUGCUCAUCAUGGAAGAACUUGGAGGGAAUGCUUGGUGGUUUGACCGGUUUCUUGCUCAACAUAUUGCAAUAUUUUAUUAUUUCAUGACAGCUUUAAUGUAUGCAAUAAGCCCAAGAAUGGCAUAUCACUUUUCUGAAUGUGUAGAGAGUCAUGCAUUUGAAACUUAUGACAAAUUUAUCAAGGAACAAGGAGAGGAAUUGAAAAAAAUGCCGGCUCCUGAGGUAGCUGUGAAUUAUUAUACAGGAGAUGACUUGUAUUUAUUUGAUGAAUUUCAAACUUCCAGAGUUCCAAAUACUAGAAGGCCUACGAUAGAGAAUCUGUACGACGUGUUUUUAAAUAUCCGAGAUGACGAAGCUGAACACUGCAAGACAAUGAGGGCUUGUCAAACUCACGGGAACCUCAGGUCGCCUCAUUCAUAUGCAGAGGACAAUGAUGAAUCAGUCUGUACUCUUGAAGCAGGCUGUGAAGGAAUUGUUGACUGUAUAAAGAAAUCUGUUACUUCUAAUCCAGCUAAGGUGAAGUAAUAUAUGCAGUACAAUUCCUAAUACAUUCAUUCUUAAAAAGAUGAAAAUAAAAAGGAUACGAGGAAGAUUCCUCUUUACUUUUAAAGAUAUAGAAAUAAUAAUGGUUAGAGUCUUAGAGAUAUAGUUGAAAUUUGGAUGAGAUUCCUCUAAAUUGAGGGUAGGGUGUAAAAGCAAUUUUUUCAACUUUUAUUGGAUUAUGUAUAUGCCUUAAAUUAAAGCAACAGUGACUAUAUUUGUAUUUUUUUACAUCAAAGAUAAAUAUAUUUUCAAAGAA